AAUGGCUGAUCAAGCUUCAAAGAAAGAGGAAGGAGAGCAAACCGAAGAAUGGAUUGCUGGAAUCCAACUGACGCUGGGAUGCGUAGAGCUCGAGAAAGCAAAGACAGGCAGCAUUUGCAGGGUUCCAGGCGAAAUUCGAGGAGGCGAAGACAAAGAGUACAGGUACACGCCUCAGCUUGUGGCCAUGGGACCCUUUCACAGGGGCACCAGAAGCGACCUGCAAAUCAUGGAACGGACCAAAUGGCAGUACAUGCAUGAUCUCCUUGCCCGUAUAGACCAUCAGAGCAAUGCAACGUCCGUUAAAAUCUGCAGUGAGGCCCUGAAAACGAUAGAGCCUAUAAUUCGAGCGAGCUAUGGGGAGAAAAUAGACAUGGGAGCAGAGGAGCUUUCCAGAAUCAUGUUACUUGAUGGCUGCUUUCUCUUAGAGCUUCUGCUGAAGCUCAAAGAGAAGAAGACUGAUGAUCCUUCCAUGGAUAACAAGGAAAAGUUGUUGCGUCUUCUCGCAGAUCUCACGCUGCUGGAGAACCAAAUCCCUUUCGUCGUUCUCACAACUUUGUCCUCAAAACUUUCAGUUCAGGAGGCGGUUCAGCAACUUGCCACACCACAUGCACUUUCUCGCCAAGGUACCGAUGAGGUCAAACAAUUUUGUUGGGAAGAAAUUGUCAAGUCGCUCCUUACAUGCAACUUCGCCACCGUUGCCGAUAAGGUCAAACAAAAUUUUCAGGAAGAAAUUGCCGCGUCGCUCCUUAAAUACAACAAUGACAGGGCAGCUGGCUCCUCCAAAAAAGGUGUUUAUCAUUUCCUUCAUCUUAUCCACUUGUGCUCCCUUGAUCCCUAUGGAAAAGAGGAACCCAGCGAAGAUCCACCAAAACUGCAGCGCUGCGCUAGAAAGCUCCAAGCUUUUGGGAUCACAAUUACCGCAUCACAAACUAACGAUUCUCAGGGCAAUGACGACCCAAGAACUGUGGCUUCUGUGCUGAGGAAAUUUGUGGACAAGCUCGAAUUCAAAAUAGAAUUUAAUGAGAGUGAGCAAGAGCUUAUCAUCCCGACGCUGCACAUAAAAGAAGCAACAGAAGUAAAAUGGAGGAAUUUGAUUGCUUGGGAGCAAAUCGGGCUGAGUGGAAUCGGCUACAAAUUCACCUCCUACGCUUAUUUUUUCAAAGGUUUGGUCCGUUCUGUUCAUGACAUCAAACUGCUUAAAGACAGAGGAGUGAUAGUGCCUAAGGCGGCGAAGGACGAGGAUUUGCUUAUUAUGUUCCAAAGCAUCAUAACCGGGGAGGAACGAACGGAUUCCAGAUACGGAGAAUUAUGCGCGAGAUUGAACGAACAGACGGUGAAGGGAGUGGCAGGACGUUGUGCGCUCAUGUUCAGAAUGCCGUGGCAUUAUUGGCGGCGUUUUCUGGAAUGGCUUCGCCACGGAUUAAAAGUCUGGCUUCCCGAUUUCGUACGCUACUAUUCAGAGAAUCCAUGGAAGAUCGUCGGAGUUGUUUCCGGUACAAUUCUGCUUAUUCUCACUGCUAUGCUGGUCGUUUACGCUGCACGUGGCCAGUGA